ACUUGGGAGUCCUCAUUUCCACAAGCGCUCAAAACUCAAAACCCCAUAGCAUAUACACCUUUCCUCUCUUCCUUCAGAUAUAAUGGCUUAUGCAACAUACUCUUCGCAUCAGCAACAUGCUUACUAUGGUGCUCAACCAUAUGAUCAUGAGGAUUUCAGUGACAAUUAUGGUUCUCAGCACUACAGUAAUAAGUUGCAAUCUUACCCACAAGUCUCUGAGCACAACUACUACGAUGAAGAAUGUGUCAAACCUGCUGCUAAAUUGCAGCAGGUUCAAUUCCCUUGCAAUGCUAACGGCUAUGGUCGUACUAAUAAUAAUCAGCAGCAGCAACAGCAUGGAAUGAUGAGUCCUUUCUCAGCAGGGAUGUUACCAUCCGCUUUCCCAAAAGGGACUAAUCCUGAAAUUGUGAAAUGUUUUCAAAUGGUUGAUCAAGACAGAAGUGGAUUCAUUGAUGACAAGGAGUUGCAAAGAGCUUUGUCUUCUGUUCAACAAAGCUUUAGUCUCCGUACUAUUCAUCUUCUGAUGCAUCUCCAUACUAAUAAUCCCAAGGUUCGCCAGUUAGGGCCAAGGGAAUUCAUUGCUGUGUAUCAGUGUCUUCAGAGUUGGAGGACAACUUUUCAACGAUUUGAUACGGACCGAAGUGGGAAAAUUGAUUCUUCUGAGUUACAGAGGGCUCUAGGAGCACUUGGUUUCAGGGUUUCUCCAGCCAUCAUGAAUUUGCUUAUCGCGAAGUAUGAUAAAACUGGGUACAAAAAGAAGGGCCUUGAAUAUGACAGUUUCAUAGAGUGCUGCCUUACUGUCAAGGGACUCUCUGAUAAGUUCAAGGAAAAUGAUGUUUCGUGUACUGGAACUGUGACUUUCACAUACGAGGAAUUCAUGACGACAGUUUUACCCUUUUUAAUGAUCUAAGUUAUUGUAAGUGUUUCUGAAUAACGUUAUGCCUAUGUAGGUGUAGGAUAAUGUUAUGUCCAUGAUUGUCAGGAAAAUAUAUGCUUGCAUGUUUCCUUGGACAAAAGGAUUACUGGUUUAAUUAUGUAGUAUAUGUAAUGUGGUAUUGGAGUGCAGUUGUAAUAAAUACAACAAUAGCUAAUGUGCUCGAACUCGCAUCUUUAAAAUGGUAUUAGAAGACAACGCAAGUACUAUUUUAGAGUAAUUUGUACUAUUUUAUAAUAAUAUCAAUAUCUUUAGAGUAAUUUGUA